AUGAGCACCGCUGCGACUAGAGAACGAGAUGCGAAGCUAACGGAACUGGUCAAUACCAUGUGCCAGCGGGUCCCAAAGGACAAACGACUCACGGCUGACGUUGUGCUGCAGUUGCUGAGAUCUAAAUACAUCUCUGUCUUCCCAGAGGAGUACAUCAACUUGCGCAGGGAAUUUAUCACGAACAUGUUGGACUCAUUCUAUAACGUAAAUAAGGAUAACGGUAAGGGAGAUAAAACGGGGAGGGAUAAAGGUGAUAAUGAUGAAAAAACUGGUGGUGAUGAUGAUGAUGAUGAUGAUGAUGAUGAUGACGACGAGGAGGAGGAGGAGGAGGAUAGUGAGGGAGAUGAAGAUGAAGAGGAGGAGAAUGGCGAGGAAGAGGAAGACGACGAGUUCGAGGAAGACUCAGACAGUGAAAGUGGCACUGGUAGCAGUCACAAAGGCGACGAUGGUGCCAGCGAUAGCGGUAAGGAGAAGCCAACCAAGCGACCCCGCACGGAGGAGUGCAACGAUGACGAUGACGGCACAACGCAGCGCUGCCGAGCCAUGGCAAGUUGUUUGAAGUACCUCAGUCACCGUCUUCGACCUCGUGGAGACUCGGAGACGCCGAAAGAAUACCUGGAGAAGUACCUCAUUCCACAGUUUCGUGAAAAGGGACUUGAUCCUGAAAAGUACAGCAAGGAGGAUGCCCGACGCUACCGCGCCAGGCGUGAAGUGGAGUUACUGCAGUCCGAUGGUGCGGAUUUGAACCUGGACCGUACCCAGCGGAAUGGUCGUGGCGUGACGUACUUCACCAAGGAUGAAAAGGUUCCGGUCAAAACAUCCAAAUUUCUUGAUGAUGAGUAA